AUGGCAUCAAACUUCAAACUAGACAAUAAUGAUCUAGAGAUAUUUACUUUAAUUUGGCUUGAUGCUGAAGUAAAUGGACCGGAAAAUAAACAAACUCAAAAUGACUUUCGUCAAUUAAGUAUUGAUUUUAAAACAUUUGAUAGUAUUUAUGAUUGUGAAUUAUAUAUUGAAUCAUUAUCAAUUGAUACACGUAUUGUUUUAAUUGUUAGUGGUCGUUUAGGUCGAGAAAUGGUACCACGUAUUCAUGAAAUCAAACAAAUUCAUUUGAUUUAUGUUUAUUGUUUUGAUAGAAAAGGAAAUUUAGGAUGGACAAAAAAUUAUUCAAAGAUUAAAGAUGUUUUAACAGAAAAAAAAGACUUAAUUAAACAAAUUCGUAAUGAUAAUAAAAAAGAAAUUUAUCAAAUCAAUAAUGAAUCACUUUAUAUAAAUAUUUAUACAAAUAAAUCUGAUGAUCAAUUUAUUUAUUCACAAUUAUUAAUUGAUUAUUUACUUAAAAUGAAAAUUAAUUCAAUAAUUGAUAAACAAUUUUUUACUUUAUGUGAAAUAGAAUAUGAUGAAAAUAAUUUAGAAUUAAAAAUUCUUGAAGAAUUUCAACAAAAUAAUUCAUCUGAAAAUAGUUUAGAUUUAUUAAUAAAAGAUAAAUUUCUUUCAAAAUUAUUAACUAAAGCAUUCAAUAGAAAAAAUAUUAAUUUACUUUAUUUAUUUCGUUUUUAUAUUCGUAAUAUACAUCAACAAUUAGAAUUACAUAAAUGUUUAACUUCUAUAAAUGUUUACUAUAGUUAUUUAAUAACUGAUGAAGAAUUUGAACAAUUAAAAAAUUCUAUUGGAAAAUUUAUAUCAAUUAAUACAUUUUUAUUAACAACAUUUCAAUAUGAUAAAGCUUUUCUUGCUUUAAAACAAGCAAAUAAUUCAAAAAAAAUUUUAUUUGAAAUUUUUGCUGAUCCAUCUAUUGAUGAUAUUAAACUAUUUGCUGAUAUAAAAUCAUUUAAUUCAUCUAUAAAUCAAUCACAAAUACUUUUUAUGUUAGGAUCAAUAUUUCAUAUAGAAAAAUUAUCUCAACAAGAUGAUAUUUGGAUAUGUCAAAUGAAUUUAUCGAGUAGAAAUCAUCCAGAUUUGAAAAAUAUUUUUGAACGAAUUAAAGAAGAAGAUGGUGAUAGUGAAACAGAUCUUCUUUCAUUUGGAAAUUUUUUAGCACGUAUAGGUCAACAUGAUGAUGCUGAAAAAUAUUAUAAACAUGUAUUAAAUGAAUUACCAUCUAAUCACGAAGAUAUACAUGUAGUUUAUCGUAAUCUAGGAAAUGUGGCCUAUAUUAAAAAUGAUUAUGAUAAAAGUCUUGAAUAUCAUUUAAAAUCAUUAGAAAUCCAAAAACGUUUAUUUAAAAGUGAUGACUCAAAUAUUGCCAAUAGUUACAAUUGUCUUGGUGUUGUUUAUUUUAAUAAAAAUAAUUAUAAACAAGCCAUUAAUUCAUAUGAAAAAGCAUUAAAUAUUUUAAAUUUAACAUUGGAAAAUAAUCAUACAAAAAUAGCUACUUGUUUAAAUAACAUUGGUCUUGUUUAUCGAACAGAAAAAAAUUAUUUUAAAGCACUUGAUUCUUAUAGAAAAGUUUUAGAUAUUGAAAAAAAAUAUUUAUCCGAAAAUCAUUCUGAUUUAGGACAAACAUAUCAUAAUAUUGGUGCACUUUAUUGGUGUUGUGGUUUCUAUGAUAAUGCGAUGGAAUAUUAUAAUUUAUCACUUGAAAAUAAAUAUCAAUAUCUUCCAUCUCAACAUAUAUCUAUUGCUAUGACAUUAGAAAAUAUUGGUUUAAUUCAUGAAAAUAAAAAUAAUAUUCAAGAAGCAUUGAAAUACUACAAAGAAGCUGCAAUUAUUUAUCGACACACUUUAUCACCAGUGCAUUCAGAUGUUCUACAAAUUGAAAAUAACAUUUCACGUGCUUUAUCUCAUUUAAAAUAA